AUGAAGAGCAACGUGAACCAGGGAGGCUAUGCACCACCGGGCUUUGGAGCCGGAUAUCAGCCCAACGCUCCGCCGGCUGAAGGAUUCGGGUAUCCGCCCCCCCAGCCUCAAUCCGCCCCAUAUUCGCCGCCUCCAGGGCACCAACAGGGACCGCCGCCCAUGAAUUACGGCUUCGUUCCUGGCCAACAUCAGUCAGCCGGUUACGCUCCAGUUCCACAGAUGCCGCCCUACGGAGAAGCUCCGCCUUAUGGAGCCGGACAGCCGCCAUAUGUCGGUGGCGGCGCACCACAGCCACAGGGAUUCGGAGGAUACCCACCCGGUCCCGCAGGACCGCCGCAGGGAUUCGGAGGAUAUCCACCGGGACAGCCGCAACAGCCAGUGAUCACGCAACCGGGAAUGGGACCCGGAAUGGGUGCUCCUGGCAUGCCACCAGGAAUGCAACCCGGGAUGGGACAAGGCGGACCAGCAGGCGACUGGAUGAGUAUACCUACCGGAAUUCCGAACUGUCCGCGCGGAUUGGAGUACCUUACGACUAUCGACCAGCUUUUGGUUAAGCAAAAGGUCGAGCUCCUCGAGGCUUUCACCGGCUUCGAGACCAACAACAAGUUCUCGAUCAAGAAUGCCUUGGGUCAGAAGGUCUACUACGCGGUGGAGGACAAUGACUGUUGCACCCGGAACUGUUGCGGUCCCUCGCGACCCUUUGACAUGCGCGUCUUUGACAAUUAUCAGCAGGAGGUGAUCCAUAUGUAUCGGCCGCUGGCCUGCUCAUCCUGCCUGUUUCCCUGCUGCCUGCAGAGCAUCGAGGUUUCGGCACCGCCGGGCAAUGUUAUCGGAAAAAUCGAACAGGAGUGGUCCAUCUGCUCGCCCUCGUUCCGCAUCUUAAAUCACAUUGGGGACACCGUGUUGCGCAUUCAAGGUCCCUUCUGCACGUUUUCGCUCUGCGGGGAUGUCGAGUUCGAGGUGCUCUCUCUCACGGGCGAAAAGGUGGGCAAGAUCUCGAAGCAGUGGUCGGGCUUAGCGCGUGAAGUCUUCACGGAUGCGGACUUCUUUGGCAUCAGUUUCCCGCUGGAUCUGGACGUGCGCAUGAAGGCGGUUCUGCUGGGGGCCACAUUCCUGAUUGAUGCCAUGUUCUUUGAAAAGCAAGGCAAUCGUGAGUCGGAUCGCCCUGGAAUGCUAUAGAACUCAUGCGACUGGUGCUGCGACUGUUGCUUUGAGCUGGCCAAUGGCUGCUUCGACUUCUAGGAAUCAGAUUCUUCUGCUGUAACUAUCUCUCUCUUCCCUGUGAACUGUCGCGUACUAGUCUUCGAAACCAAAAGCUUGUUGAUGGAAAUGGAAACGCACUUACGGAACUCCUUUGUUAAAGUUAAUGGAAAAUCCGAACUGGAACAUAAUAAACUCAGGCGUAGCCAGGAUAUUCAUAGCUCCUACUAUUAAGUUACAUAGCAUUUUUGACAUCUAUCAGCUUCCUUCAUGAAUUUACUACGAAGCUCCAGUGACAAAGAAGCUUACCAACGAACUAAUCGAUAAUAAACCGAUGUACUUUAAACCUUA